AUGACAUUGCUAUAGUUUGCUAUAGUGAUGUGAAUGAAUAAUACACGUAGUAUAGUAAGUUUUAGAGUAUAAAGUAAUGGGUGUUGUCUUUCGUAGCAAUUAACGCUUAGACGAAAAAAGCAUUAAAAUGCUACCAAAAAACUGCAUAAAUUUAAUUAUAAUAUUCUGCAGUUUGUCCUGCCACUUUAUAUAUGGACAAAAUCUCACCAAUACUGUUAUAUGGUGUACAAUAUCUGAUGCUGAACAACAUAAGUGUAAUGCAUUUUCAAGAGCAGUCGAUCGCGAAAUAGCGUUUUUUGAAUAUACUUAUAUCUCUUUGCAAUGCAUACAAGCAUCUAAUAAAGAAGAAUGCAUGACUUUGCUGGAUCAGGAGAAAGCACAAAUAACCACUUUAGAUGCUGGUGAAAUUUUUGUAGCAGGACGUUAUCACAGUUUAAUCCCAUUUAUGCAGGAAAUAUACGAAAGUGGUGUGAAUUAUCAGUAUGCAGUAGCAGUAAUUAAAAAAGGAUCCUUGCCAGAUGUUCAAAAUUUACACGAUUUAAGGGGUAAAAAGGCUUGUUUCGCUGGCCUUGGAAUGCUUGCUGGUUGGGUUAUACCAAUCUAUACAUUUAUGAAAGAAGGUGGAUUAGAAGUUGUUGAUUGUAACAAUCAUGUUAAAUCUGCUAUCAAUUACUUUGGACCCAGUUGUGCCGUAAAUUCAUUGAUAGAUAAAUAUAAUCCAUUAGGUGAUAAUUCUGAUCAAUUAUGCAAAUUGUGUAUUGGAAAAAUAUCUGGAGAAAGAUGUACAACUGCAGAUCCUUAUGCAGGAUAUGAAGGAGCAUUUCGAUGUUUAGUAGAAGCAGGAGAAAUUGCUUUCUUAGUACACACAACAGUGGAUGAAAUGACAUCAACAACAUUUGAUUUCAAUUCUGUGAAGAAAGAGCAAUUUGAGUUGCUUUGUCGUGAUGGUACUCGUAAACCGAUUGAUGAAUAUAAAUUUUGUAAUUGGGGCAGUGUUCCAUCACGCGCUAUAGUCACCUCGUCUGCUACAAAAUUUGAGACACGUCGAUUAUAUCAGCGGUUUUUGGAAAAAGCAGUUAGAAUAUUAGGCAAACAUAAUGCGAGAAAUUCAACCGAAUUUUAUGACAAUCGUUUUGAAAACCGACCAGGUUUUAAUAGUAAUAAUAGGUUUAACAGAACGGAAUAUGUUAAUCCAAACGAAUAUAGCACAGAUAACUUUGAACAUCGUAACGGGAAUGAAAGAAGCCAUGAUGGAAAUGAAUUAUGGGAUAACACAGAAUCAACGAAUAUACAACCAAUAGAAACUUUCAAUUUAUUUGAGUCUGCACCUAAAUAUGGAAUGCAUCAUAAUUUAAUUUUUUCUGACGCAGCACGAGACUUCGCUCAAUUACCUGAGAAAGAUCAAAUAUAUACUGGUUAUUUGGGCAGAUCUCUUGAUCUAAUACUGGAAAUGCGUCGAUGUCCAGUUAGUAAAAUGACCUUAUGUAUUACAUCUGAUCCAGAAAUGGAAAAAUGUGUAAAAAUGAAGAUAGCAUUAAAGGCGCAGCUAUUGAAGCCAGAAUUAAAUUGCCAUAAAGGCCACAGUCAAAUUCAUUGCAUGCAGGCUAUACGAAGUGGAAUCGCCGAUGUAGCAGUAUUAGAUACAAGUGACGUAUAUACUGCUGGUUUACGCUUCGAUUUGAUUCCAUUUAUAUCUGAAGUUUAUAAUUUACCUACACCAGAAUAUUACGUGGUCGCAGUUGCGAAAGAGGAAGACGAUAACACAGAUCUGACUUAUCUUAAAAAUAAGUAUACUUGUCAUACAGGGAUCAAUACAGCCGCAGGUUGGGUGUAUCCGCUGGCAUAUCUUAUUUCGAAUACAUGGAUCAGGGGUUAUGGCUGUGAUUCAGUUCACGCUGCUGCAGAAUAUUUCAGUAAAUCUUGCGUUCCGGGCGCGCUUAGUACCGAAUACAAUACAGGAGUACCAUAUGACAAUAUGUGCGACCUGUGCCACGGUACCAGCUUCCGUUAUUGUCGUAGAGAUGCGUCUGAAGAUUACUAUGGAUAUACUGGUGCCUUUAGAUGUUUAGUCGAGGGGGGUGGAGACGUAGCUUUUGUAAAACACACAACGGUCGCAGAAAAUACCGAUGGAAAACGGCGAGAAACAUGGGCACGUAAUACUUUUACAAAAGAUUUUGAAUUACUUUGUCCAGACGGCACUCGUCGUCCAACAACCGAUUACAUACAUUGCAAUUUAGGAAAGGUGGCAUCAAAUGCAGUAGUUACACGUGGUGGAUAUUACGGAUAUAACGAGACACAAAUAAACGCUUAUAUAAAUUUAUUUAUUUAUGCCCAACAAUUUUAUGGAAGGAAGGAACAGGACGAAUUUAGUUUUAGCAUGUUUUACAGUCAACCGCCUUAUAGCGAUUUGAUUUUCCAAGAUGCUACACAGCAGUUGGUAGUAAUACCACCAGAAAAAAGAGAAUUUAGUGCGUAUUUAGGGCCAGAUUUCAUGAGAGCUAGAAGAAUUGUAGAUUGCAAUGCUGGCGCAUCAGCUAUAGAGCAUUCAAUAAUAGCCACGGUAGCUAUGAUUAUAUUUGCUUACAUAUUUAGUAGAUAAAAAGUAUUCUAAAUUUUUUCUCAACAAAUGAAUAUAUGUACAUUCGAUAGAGAGUUUACAAAAUAUAUUUAGGUAUAUUUCCUAGGUUUUAAAUUUUCGAGAUGUACGAGAUGUGUUCAGAAAUUAAUUAUAUUUUUUGUAUUUUAUAUACUGAUAUAUUGUUAAACGAGUGAAUGUGGUAAUGUAAUGCGUAGUUCUCGACUAAAGACUAUAAUAUAAUCCGUCCUUUUUCUCAAUACAUAUAAAAUGACAUAUUUAAUUGCGUAUAAUAUCGUACGUGUACCUUAUGCCGUCCAUUAAUACUUUUAUAUUGAAUAAAGCUGGUUUAUAAUAUUUCA